AUGCAUAAGACCAUGUUGCAUAGAAACUCAAAUAGAGAUGAAAGAAUAGCUGCUCAUGAGUUUUUUCUUACAUUGACUGCUUGUAGUACUGUGAUUCCCAUACUUACUGAUGGUGGAUUUUAUGGUUGUGGAAUAAGUGAAUCAAAUGGAUAUGUAGAAUGCAUUGGUUAUCAGAGUGAAUCCCAGGAUGAACAAACUCUAGUUUUUGCAGCCUCUGCAUAUGGACAUACUCUUCUCGAACUGACAUCUGGACAUAUUGUUAUUGACAUCAACGAUGAGAAACUCAGGUUGGAUGUGUUGAACAUGCAUACAAACUAA